AUGAAAACAGUUGAACAGACGCAAGGCAUUAGUCACACCAGAGCCAUUGAGCUGAUCCAAGCUGGAGGAAACAAAGUGCUACUGUUACUGCGACCGCAAGCCCUCUUAUCAGAGAACAGAGAUGUUAUCCUUCCUGAUCCGCCGGGAUCCAACACUUCCAACAUUCCUCUCAGUUCUCCUCUCCUUCAUCCGCCAUCCACCUCAGCGAAGAAGGAAACGUCAGACCUGACAAGCUCCUUUGCCCGUUCUCGCGACUCCUUGGAUCUGGCCUGCGAGGAUCCUCGCUCUAAAGACAGCAAGAGGGAGAAACGUGCCAAACCACCAAACACCAGCUCUUCCAGAGUCCCGCAGCAACGGCGCAUCAAGAGUCGGUCCGCUGAGAAUCUCCUUGAUCUCGGAGAUACAGAGAAAUCCAAAAGCCCAUCCAAAGACAAAGCUUGCAGCCACAAAGAAAAUCUGCAACAAAGCACUCGAGACUCCCACAAGAACAGAAAGUCUUGCCAACAUAGUCGCUCAGUCAGUCCCCAGAAGUCAAAGCGUGAAGGACAGGAAGUAGUAAUUGGCGAAGCGCAGGGACGGAAAAAGGAACGUCGCGUGAAGGGGACGGCGAGUGUGGACCAGAAGAAAAGUGACGCUGAAAGAAGGAAAAAACAGGAAUCUAGAGGAAGGAAACUAAAUGAGACCCAAGAAGGGGAGGAGAGGUGGAGAGCUGAGAGAAAAGUGAGAAACAAAGGAGAGGAUCAAGUGCUUGAGCCAAAAGGGGAAACAGAGCUCAAAAGCACCCGAAAGAAGAAAAAACAGAGAGAUAGAGACAUGCGAAAUGAGGACAGCCACAUAUCGAGCAGAGAGGGAGACAAGAAGAGCAGACAAACAAAGGAUAAGGGGGAUCAAACGGAAGAAAACAGGAAGGAAAUGAUUACAGAUAAGAAUGAAAGCAAAAGAAAAGGAAAUGAGAGCGAAGACAGGAAAGACGACAUUGUCACCACAGAUGUGGCUCCAGUCACCACCAGGGCGAGUCUAGUCUUUGACCACCCUGGACCCUUGAGCGAUGGCCUUUGGAAGAUCCCUAGUUUUGCACGUAUCCUCACGCACGAGGAAGCGAUGAGAGAUGUUUGCGAAUAGUUUGGCGAUCCUUGGGAAUAGAAGGUUUAUGGCCAAGUACGUGAAUGCAAACGCUUCUAGCUGUGAUUUCACACAGUUCAUCAUGGAUUGCAAGUUGCAUUCUCAACAUUUCAGCACUAUCGUGGGAAUAUCGCGAGUUAGUUAAACUGUCGACAUGUUUAUAGCUAGCUACCUAAAUAACAUCACAUCUGGUUUAUUGGCACAGACAUUUGAAGAAAACUAGAGUACAAGACUAAGCAUCUUCAAGGGGCAGUCAAAGUACUCAAGGGGCUGAUUGAGAUUUCUUUAUGCAUCUAUGUACAGCAGGUCAGUGUUUCAAGCAUUUGCACUUGUGUGGAACAUUGCCUAGCCAAACUUCUCCUAACAUGUUCCUUAUACUGUAAAAAAAAAUCUGAUGUUGAGUUUAAUAAUAUUAAAUUUAUAGAAAAAUUGAUACAGCAUAUAAUACAUUCUACUGCAUAAACUCAAAAAUAAAAAAGUCUGUUACUUGUGAAUUGUGGCUUGCAAAUAAGCCUCAUGUUGUUCCAAACCUUUUUUUCUUCGG